AUGGCUCUUUCUUUAGCCAUUAACGUUCCUCCUGUUCGCGAUAACCAACUCCGACUCCAACAAUUCCAACUCCAAUUCCGUCCAAACCUAGUCAAAUUCCCGAUACCCUCCUCCGCCCGAAUUCGAUGUUCCUCCUCUUUCAACGACAUUUCACUCAAAACGGUUACCCCCAACCGCAACAACUCUUUCGCAUGUCACGCUACCCAGUUCGAAGUUCAGGAGAGCAACAAAGCAUUCGCAGAAGCCUAUGCUGUAGGGAGAGGCAUUCGUAUGUCUGCUGACAAAGCUCGAAGAGUAAUCGAUCAGAUUCGUGGACGUAAAUACGAGGAUACACUUAUGAUAUUGGAACUCAUGCCUUACCGUGCCUGUGAACCCAUUCUUAAGAUUGUCUUUUCUGCUGGAGCAAAUGCAAGCAAUAACUUGGGUCUAAGCAAAUCGAGUUUAGUUAUUAGUAGAGCAGAGGUUAAUGAAGGCAAAACUUUGAAAAGAGUUAGACCUCGAGCUCAGGGGCGGGCUAACCAAAUUCUAAAGCGCACUUGUAGUAUUACCAUUACGGUGAAAGGUUUACCUGAGCCUGAGCCUGAGCCUGAGGCUGAGGCUGUGGUGGAAGCAAAUCCCUCUUGA